CGUUUUUACUGGUCCAAUCAACUGUCACUCACCGUUACAAGGAGUGAUGGGAGAUAAUCGUCACAAGGGCCUCCAAAGGUCCUUAAGCAUAAAACCAUAUAGUUCACCUGGUCACGUGACCCGCAGGUCCUGUUGCGCCAUACACAGAGCCAUGUCUGGGAAACUGAAGUGGGUGACGGACAUCGAGAAGUCUGUGCUGAUCAAUAACUUUGAGAAGCGGGGAUGGAUCCAGGUGUCGGAGAGCGACGACUGGAACUUCUACUGGAUGAGCGUUCAGACCAUCAGAAACUGCUUCAGCGUGGAGACCGGGUUCCGCUUAUCCGAUGACCAACUUGUCAAUCACUUUCCAAAUCACUAUGAGCUGACCAGGAAGGACCUGAUGGUGAAAAACAUCAAAAGGUACAGGAAAGAGAUGGAAAAGGAAGGCAGCCCCCUGGCCGAGAAGGACGAAAAUGGCAAAUAUUUGUAUUUAGAUUUCGUGCCGGUCACCUUUAUGCUUCCAGCAGAUUAUAACUUAUUCGUAGAAGAAUUUCGGAAAAACCCCUCCAGCACCUGGAUCAUGAAACCUUGUGGGAAGGCCCAGGGGAAAGGGAUAUUUCUCAUCAACAAGUUGUCACAGAUUAAGAAGUGGUCGAGGGAUAGCAAGACUUCCUCGUUUGUGUCCCAGUCUUCUAAGGAAGCCUAUGUGAUCUCCUUAUAUAUUGAUAAUCCCUUGCUGAUCGGUGGUAAGAAGUUUGAUCUACGCCUGUAUGUUCUUGUGACUACUUACCGGCCUCUAAAGUGUUACAUGUACAAGCUUGGAUUCUGUCGUUUCUGCACCGUGAAAUACACCCCUAGUACAAGCGAGCUGGACAAUAUGUUCGUGCAUCUGACGAAUGUGGCUAUUCAGAAACAUGGGGACGACUACAAUCACGUCCACGGUGGGAAAUGGACGGUCAGUAAUUUGCGUCUGUACCUGGAGAGCACCAGAGGACGGGAAGUCACUGAUAAACUGUUUGAUGAAAUUCACUGGAUAAUCGUCCAGUCCCUGAAGGCGGUGGCGCCGGUGAUGAAUAAUGACAAGCAUUGCUUCGAGUGUUAUGGCUAUGAUAUCAUCAUAGACGACAAGCUGAAGCCGUGGCUAAUCGAGGUGAACGCGUCUCCGUCCCUCACGUCCAGCACGGCCAACGACCGUAUCCUGAAGUACAACCUGAUCAAUGACAUCUUGAAUAUCGUUGUUCCGAAUGGCGAGAUCCCCGACCCCAAGUGGAAUAAAGUCCCCCCUAUAGAGGCUCUUGGGAACUAUGAGAUCCUAUACGACGAAGAGGCGGCACAAGCCGACGGGUCGGAACGAGACCUGAGGAACCGGCCGGGACAGACAUUUGGCUUCAAGGGCAGCCGGAGCAAAGAGUCUGGCAGAUCCGCAACGUGGAAGUAAUUAGUGUAUAAUUUGGGGAUGAAGUUCUACAGGUUUAUUGAGAAAGAAAGGGGCCAUCUUGUUUGCUAUAGGUGGAGGAACAUGACAAAAAAACGUUUCUUGGCUCGGUACAAGAGGAAACGCCCCAGGGAAGUAAUAAAGAUAUUGAUUGUGGAAGAAGAAGAAUUAUAGGGAAAUUGCUGACAGAGGAAAUGGCAACACGCAAAGCUAUUUAUAUUUCGGUCGGACGCUUAGUGUAUAAUAUACAGAAUGUGCAUGGAAUUACUGGGAGUACAUUGUGCAGACGAAAAUGUCUUCCUCUAUAGUCCGAACAACCGGGACAUUGUCUGAUAAACUAUAGAAGUGACACAGAUUUAUUAAUUGUUGUUCUAUUUAAAAAGUCAGUUUAAUCUACAGUAAAAAGGCGAAAACCGCUUUUUAAUAUCUUAUUUCUAGCCCGAGAUACGGCCACUUAAAGUUACAGGCCCUAAAGCCUGAGGCUGCACUACUGAAAGGUUCUGGUGACAACGUGUGCAGUUCUGUUGCGUUGUCAGGGAGACCUUGUUUUGAAUUUCAACCGCCAAGCGGAACCAUAUUUACUGGUUGUGUUGCUGUGAAUUUUGAUUUAGAUGCAAAACAACUUUAUGACUUUCGGUAGUGCAGCCUCAGGCUUUCGGGCCUGUAGCUUUACCUGAUCAUAUCUCGGCUUAGGAGUAAGAUAUUGAAAAACCGUUUUCACAUUUGUAAUGUGGCAUGAAGGGAUUUUUUUAAUUCUUUAUCGAUUUGAAAGUGAACGUUUGCUUGGGGGUUGAAGUGGAGUUGAAAAACAUCACUGUAGGGUCAAAGGGGUAUUCCAUGAAAAAAAUUUUUUUCAUAUCAACUGACUCCCG